GACACUUUAGUUUACCAACGGCUCAUUGAUCUCUCAUGACGCUAACACACCGAAACUCGUUUAAGGUUAAAUAAUUCAAACGCGUUUACGAAUCAAAGAAACAAGAGGAUAUAAGUUAAGAGGCGGGAAUCGACAAAAAACGCCACAAACAUGAGUCGUAACUGGGCGUCCAACCAGCAGCAGAGGUUAAUGUUUCAGCGGCAGAAGCAGGAGCAGCACAGGCAGCAGGAGGCUCAGCGUGUAUCCAGAGACAGGCAGCUGCAGGCCUGUCUGCAGGACGAGGAGAGCUUUGAGAGGAAGAGAUACCUGAGGCAGGUGCAGGAGGAGAUCAGGGAGAGGCAAAUGGAGAGCGCUAUGCUGAAGGCAGAGGAGGAGAGAACAAAUAGAGAGAAGCAACUUGAACAAGAGGAGAGAAUUGCUAAGGAGCUGGCCCGCAUCAACUAUGAGACACAGAGAGAAGAGAAAAUGAGGCAGUACAUUAAAGAGAACAGCAUGGAGCUUCGAGAGCUGGAGUCAAAGCUGAAGUCUGCAUAUCUGAAUAAGGAACGAGCUGCACAGAUUGCUGAGCAGGAGGCUACAAGGCUUGGGACAAUGCGUGAGGAGACAGACUUUGCUCGCAGGAUGAAGAGUGAACAUGAGCGAGCAGCCGCUGAGAAGCAGAAGCUGGAGCAGAAGCGCCAAGAGGAGCUGGCGCAGUAUCAGAGAGAGCUGGAGCAGCAGCUCAUGGAGAGGGAGCGCAAGAGACAAGAGGCGUAUGAGGAGUUCCUCAAAGAGAAGCUCAUGGUUGAUGAGAUUGUCAGGAAGAUUUAUGAGGAGGAUCAGAUGGAGAGACAGCUGAAACUGGAGAAGGUCAGAGCCACUCAGCAGCACAUUGAGGAAUUCAAGAGACAGCAGGCCGAAUGGAGACGCAUGGAGCAAGAGAAAAUGGAGGCUGAGAACAGACGCAUCAUGGAACUUGCAAGCCAACAGCAGCAGAUGGAAGAGAGCAGAAUAGCUAAGAUCAAAGAGAGAGAAGAAGCAAAGGAGCAGCUUCAUAAAAUGCUGUCUGAGAAGAUUGAAGAGGAGAGGCAGCAGCGUGAAGAGAUGGAGCGAGUCCGUGAGGAACUUUAUUUAGAAGAACAAGAGGAGGCUAACAGGCAGAGAGACAUUGAAGAGAUGGAGAAGAAAAUCAGACAGAGGCUGAUGAUGCAGCAGACCUGCCAGGAGCAGAUGGCUUUCAAAGAGAUGCGGAGGCAGGCGGAGAAAGAGGAGGAGGAGGCCUUCAAGAAAAUGAUGAUGGCUAAGUUUGCAGAGGACGAUCGGCUGGAGCAGAUGAACGCUCAGAAACGACGCAUGAAACAACUCGAGCACAAACGCGAAGUGGAGAAACUGAUAGAAGACAGAAGACAGCAGCGUGAGGCCUACAUGGAACAUGAGGCUAAAGAAAGAGCACUUGAGCAAGAGAGGGAGGCACUGCGCAGACAGAUCAUUGAAGAAGAGAGGCAGCGACUUCUUAAACGUCACGCAACUAAACUCCUUGGAUACCUACCAAAGGGUUUGCUCCGUGAAGAAGACCUGGAGCACUUUGAUGAAGACUUCAGAAGAAACUUUAGAACACGUCAGGCAGAUAUCUUCUCUGACGAUGGCUGGGAAGACGACGAGUGAACUCUGUCCCUGUCAUUGCAU